AUGGUGUGUACCUCUUACAAGACCAUCUUCGCCAUGCUGGCCGCCCUCUCGAUCGAGUCGACGCACGCGGGCUCCCCCGGCGGGUGCUACGCGCCGUGGCACAGACCCACCGUGACAUUCGAAGUCAUUCUACGCGACUUCCAGCAGCUCAGUCAGUACUUCUCGAGCUUCCGCACGUUCGAAACGCGCAUGAGCGGCGUCAAUGUCAUUGACGUGGCCGCUGCAGCCGGCGUUAAAGUCGCGGUCGGCGUGCAGAUGAACGACUUGGCGGCCGUCGACGCCGAGAUCCAGGCCGUGUGCGACGGGUACCAGAAGAACCCCAGCGCGGUCGAAGCCGUGUGGGUCGGCAACGAGAACCUCCACAACAACGGCUUUGGUACGGUCAGCGCCGAGCAGCUCGUGGCAUACAUUGCCCAAGUCAAGACUUGCACGGGCGGCGGCGUGCCGGUCGGCACGGUCCAGCGCAUCAACGAGUGGCUCGGUGCCGACGGCGCUGCGCAGGUCGCGGCCGCGAGCGACAAGAUCGGCGUCAACAUUUACCCGUUCUUCACGCCGGGCGACAUGCCGCCGAUCGAGAAGCUCCAGGCCCAGUGGGACCAAAUGGUCGGCAAGUACGACGCGGGGAAGGUGCAGGUGACGGAGACGGGGUGGCCGUCGGCCGGCGAAGAGAUGAUGGGGAACCACCCGUCGCUCGAGACCAUGCAGCAGUACCUAGACGACUUCACGACGUGGGCGAUGACCAAGGACCGCGCGUACUGGUUCAUGAUGUACGACACGACCAAGAGCUACACGGGCCAGUCGUUCGAAAUGAGCUUCGGCGUGUUCACGGCCACGGGCGAGCUGAAGAUCAAGAUCCCGCGCUCGAUCGGCAUGAACGCCGGCACGCCCUCGGACGCCAUCCCCGUGGUCGGAGGCGGCGCGGACCAGGGCCUGCCGAACCAGGACUCGCCCGUGCAAGGCGACAGCGGUGUUGUCCCGGAGCCUACGAUCUUCGCGGGUCCGGGCAUGCGCCGAAACGCGGCGGGUGAAUCGAUUUACCCCAACGGAACUGUCAUCCCGAGCAACCUCGGACCGGAGCAGCUGGCGAUCCUGGAAGCUAACGGUGUGCCUCCUCCGGCGUCGCACACGGGCGAGGGCGCUGCUGUCCCGGAGCCCACGAUCUUCGCGGGUCCGGGCAUGCGCCGAAACGCGGCGGGCGAGGCCAUUUUCGCGAACGGCACUGCCAUCCCGAGCAACCUCGGACCGGAGCAGCUGGCGAUCCUGGAAGCCAACGGUGCGCUUCCCCCUGCGACGCACACGGGCAAGGGCGCUGUUGUCCCGGAGCCUACGAUCACCGCGGGUGAGCCUCUGUACUUUAACCCGGACGGCACGCCGGUGGCGCCCAAGGAGACUGUGGGUGAGCCUCUGCACUUUAACCCGGACGGCACGCCGGUGGCGCCCACGGAGACUGUGGGUGAGCCUCUGUACUUUAACCCGGACGGCACGCCGGUGGCGCCCAAGGAGACUGUGGGUGAGCCUCUGUACUUUAACCCGGACGGCACGCCGGUGGCGCCCAAGGAGACUGUGGGUGAGCCUCUGUACUUUAACCCGGACGGCACGCCGGUGGCGCCCAAGGAGACUGUGGGUGAGCCUCUGUACUUUAACCCGGACGGCACCCCGGUGGCGCCCACGGAGACUGUGGGUGAGCCUCUGUACUUCAACCCGGACGGCACCCCGGUGGCGCCCACGGAGACUGUGGGUGAGCCUCUGUACUUCAACCCGGACGGCACCCCGGUGGUAGGCUCGGAGACUGGUGGUGUCCCCGCUCCGAUGAAGUCGGGCAUCGGCUGCCCCAUGUAA